AUGGCGGCCGCCACUCAGCCUCCGGAUGAGACAAUGUCAAAACAAUUAUCUUUCGUGCAAACUUUGGCCGGACAGAAACCUAACCCUCGCAAUUUGUUUGAAGCAGCAGGAAUAACACGUAAUGCAUCUUCUGUGAUUAACUCUCAGCCAUCAAUGGUCAAAGGAGAGCUGGCGUUCCUACUCACAAAGGAGGAUGAACAACUAGCCGCCCCCUUUAAAUUCGUACUGAUCCGGAAAUUUUCAAAAGGGAGGCCCUCAAUGGAUUACUUAUGGAAUAAGUUUCAAAGGAUUGGAUUUAAAGGAGGCUUUUCUCUUGGAAUAAUAGAUCGUAGGCACAUCUUGAUUUUGUUUGAUUUGGAGGAAGACUUAAUUCAAAGAGUUUGCGUUGAAGUAGAUCUUCUUCAUGAAUUACCAUCAAGAAUCCGUCUUGGAACGGAGGAGCAUUCGUACUUUCAGCCUAUCACUUAUGAAAAUCUACCCGACUAUUGUUUGAAAUGCCGGAAAAUUGGACACGAUGCCAAGGACUGUCGACAUGGAAAGCAAAAGUCGGAAAAUGUGGAAAGGCAGCCUCAAAAGCAAACUUCUGUUACUAAAGUGAAGCCUCAGGCUCAAAUGGUAGCACCUGCGUGGAAACAAAAACCGAUGCAAAACCAAAAUCAGGAAGAAAUCGAAAAGGAGAAAGGUGCUUCUACAUCAGGGCUAACGGAGAAAGAAAAGAAGGACAUUCCAAUGGACGUACCAAGUACUGUCUCUCCGCAGCAACAGAAUUCUUCGGCUAAAAGAAGGUUCACUAAGGAACAAUUAAAUAUAGUGCUGGAGAAGAAUAAAAUGGAGGAAAAUAUCGCUGAUCCUUGGGAAGAAGAAGUGCCAAUUAAUAAGAAAAAUCGGGAGCAGCAGCUUGUACUUUAUCAGGAUCCGGAAAAAAUAAUUAAACUUUCUGAUCGAUUCCAAGUUCUGUCAGAAUUGCACGACGAUGAUGAGUUUUCAGAGAUGGAAGAAAAUCGGGAUGAAGAGCAAAUUCAUCACGAUUCGGAUGGUUCGCAUUCAGACACUGAAGAAGCUUACUCAGAACUCCAAUGUGACACAUAUGGAAAAACAGUCGAGACUUCAGCUGUGGAUGAUAUGGCGAUCGUCAAGCUAACUACUGUACCAGAAAUGGAGGAUGCUAGACUGGUUGUUUCGGAUGGUGAGGAGAAAAAGAAAAAACCAGGACGUCCUAAAGGCUCAACGAAAUCAGUAAAGCAAGCUAGCUCCAAAACUCUUUCUUCGGCAAGGCUCAGCGGUGAUCUCUCUUCAAAAAUUUCUGAAUGA